AUGCCGAUCCCCAACGAAGACACUGUCGGUGUUUCCUUGCGAGACGGAGGCACGGAGACACGCUUCUCCUUGGUAGGAGAUUUGAGUUCCCAAGCAUUAGAAAUCUCAGCCACCGAAGAUGACAGUUUUGGGAGUCAUCGAUUCUUUUGUUGGAGUGCGAGAGAAAACCAGUGCCCUUUUCGCUUAUGGCUUUCUACUGAUGAGGUAGCAGAAUCUACAAGAAGCCAGCAAAAAGCACUUGAUGCUGCUAUGAAUGACAUAAAUAGCUCAUUUGGGAAAGGAAGUGUUACAAGAUUGGGAAGUGCUGGUGGAGCUCUAGUUGAAACAUUUCCAAGUGGCUGCUUAACUUUAGACUUUGCUUUAGGCGGUGGCCUUCCAAAAGGAAGGAUUGUUGAGAUAUAUGGGCCAGAAAGUAGUGGGAAGACCACUCUAGCACUCCAUGCGAUUGCAGAAGUGCAGAAUCUUGGGGGUAAUGCCAUGCUUGUUGAUGCUGAGCAUGCUUUUGAUCCAACAUACUCAAAGGCAUUGGGAGUAGAUGUAGAAAAUCUGAUUGUUUGCCAACCUGAUAAUGGAGAGAUGGCACUAGAGAUUGCGGAUCGUAUGUGUAGAUCUGGUGCCAUCGAUCUUAUUUGCAUAGAUUCAGUCUCAGCACUUACUCCACGAGCUGAAAUUGAAGGUGAAAUUGGAAUGCAACAAAUGGGUUUGCAAGCACGCCUUAUGAGUCAAGCACUGCGUAAAAUGUCAGGCAAUGCUUCCAAAGCUGGAUGUACACUCAUAUUCCUCAAUCAAAUAAGGCACAAGAUUGGUGUAUAUUAUGGAAAUCCUGAGGUCACCAGUGGUGGAAUUGCUUUGAAGUUCUUUGCAUCUGUCCGACUUGAGAUACGUCCUACUGGGAAGAUAAAGUCGGUUAAAGGAGAUGAAGAUAUUGGACUUAAAGUUCGCGUGAGAGUUCAAAAGAGUAAGGUGUCAAGGCCUUAUAAGCAAGCUGAGUUUGAAAUUAUAUUUGGGGAGGGAGUCAGCAAGCUGGGUUGCGUUCUGGAUUGUGCUGAAAUAAUGGAUGUUGUCUUGAAGAAGGGCUCGUGGUACAGCUAUGAAGAUCACAGAUUGGGACAAGGAAGAGACAGAGCAUUACAGUACCUGAAAGAGAAUCCUCUCGUCUCUGAAGAAAUAGAGAAGAGAGUUAGGUCUAUGGUAAUAGAGGGCACUGGACAAUUAGGGGCCUCUUACAUUAAGUUGUCGCCACCACAACCUCAAGAAGACGACGUUUUUGAAGAAAUUCAAUAA